CACGUCUUCGAGUUCGGACGUUGCCACGACUGCAGCUGCUGCAAGAUGUGGAAGCUCGUGAGUUUUACUCUUUGCGUCUUGACCUCUGAGCUCUGUUCGUGGAGAGUUUGGGCCUCAGAUGUGAAGGAUGAAGUGAAGAUUGAGGUUCUGUUCAAACCGCUGGAGUGCGACCAGAAGAGCAAGAAGGGCGACAUGAUGAACGUCCAUUACGACGGCUUCCUGGCCAAAGACGGUUCCCAGUUUUACUGCAGUCGGUCGGACAAAGCUGGACACCCUCAGUGGCUGGUUCUGGGUAUUGGCCAGGUCAUCAAGGGUCUAGACUUAGGGAUGACUGAUAUGUGUGUUGGCGAGAGGCGCAAAAUAACAGUUCCAUCAGAUUUGGCUUUUGGAGCAAGUGGAAAAGGCCCAGUUCCUCCAAACGCUACUGUGGUGUUUGAGGUGGAGGUCUUUGCUGUGACCAGGGGUCCCCGCAGCAUGGAGGCCUUCAAACAAAUCGACCAGGAUCAAGACAGAACAUUAACACGAGCUGAGGUGAAAGAGUACUUAAAGGUGGAUUAUAAAAGAACUGGGAAGCCUCAAGACGACGCCUACUAUGAGAAUAUUCUGAACGAUAUAUUUAAGAAGAGUGACAGCGACAGUGACGGGGUGAUAAGUGCAAAGGAGUACAAUAUAUAUGAGCAUGAUGAACUCUAAUGUUGCUCACAACUAGUUUAAACCUUCAUGACACUAUGAAUCGGGUUGCAAGAAUGAGAGGUUUGAAAGUUCCAAAAACAAAGACAUAAAAGUCAUCCAUCAAUAAAGUUAUACCACGGCUGAUGCAUAGAUUUGGGAUGUUAAGACUUCACACUGAUUUUAUGAACUGGAAUUGUUAUUCCAUUUCAGCAGUACUGGCAAUACACGUUUUCCGAUGUUUCAUUGCUGUGCUUGUUAAACCACUGUAUUUUUAAUUUUAGAAAAGAAAUGAAUUUCAAAUGGUUGUGUGAUAGCUUUUACGUUGUUUGAGUUUCCCUGAAUGAUGGCCAGAUCCCAGAGAUUUCUCCCCAUAUCACUGCCAGACUGUGUAACCUGUGAUUAUACAUGGUUGUCUUACACUGCCUCUGACUAAUUUUCUAGAACAAGUAAAUUUUUUUUUCUUUUUACAGUGUUGUCUUUUCCUUAUGUACAUUUAA